AAGGGGUGCCACGCUUCAGGCCCGAGCCACCUGCGCUCCCGGGAGCACAGCUAACGGCAGCUCAGCUCCCAGCACGGGCAGAGCCGCCGCAGCCGUGGCUGCUGCACUUACGCAGUGGUCCCGGGCGUGCAGGAAGUCGAACAGCUCCUCGGUGCACUGCUCCUCUGUCUGGGACCUGGAGGACACGCGGGCGUCACACAGCUCCAGCCGCUCCCGCGCCUUCACGCACUGCUCCGUCUGCUCGCACUGCUCCCGCACCGUGGUUAGAGGGUCCUGCAGGCGCGGGGCUGCCGUCAGGCCGCGGACACCCCGAAACGCCGCUUUCCUCCCCCUCCCCGAGACCCAACGCCAGCCGUCGAUCCAGGCCGCAGCCCGGAUCCAGCCUGCCUCCCCGAGGGGCCCGAGCUCGUUUAUCGGUACCGAAAGGCACCGGGAGGAGCCGGACGCUGUGGCGGCCACAGACCUCCCCCGGCGCCACCCGGGCCCGGCCGCGCUCCCCGACUCACCACCAGCUCCUCCUCCUCCUCUUCCUCCUGCGGACACACAGACAGAAGGCAGAACCGUUACCGAGGCUCGGGGGCCGCCGCGCGGUCCCACGGGCCCGGCCAGGCAACGCUCACCUCGGGCUCCCCGGCGUGAACGACGCUGUCGUGCAGCCCCAUCGCUCCGCUCCCGCCGCCCAGAAGGACUCGCCAGGGUCACCCGCCGGAACUGCCGCGGCGCGGCCCGGACGCGGAGGCGGGGCGGCCCCGCCGGGGGUGGCGCCGCGGCCCUUCCACACAUGGCCGCCGCCGCGUAGCCGCCGCUCCGACCCCUGCCGGCGCGUUAGCCUCCUUCUCGCGGACCGCAGCCCUGGAGCCGGCCCUGCUUGGCCGCCGCCGCCGGCCCGCCCGGCCCGGCUCGGGAAGCGCGGGCGGCCCGCCGCGACCUCCCCAACAUGGCCGCUCAGCCGUGCCUCUCCUCAAGAUGGCGGCGGCGCGCGGGCCGAAGGGGCCGCUCCUCGCCAAGAUGGCGGCGGCGCAGAGCGAGGCGAUGGCGGCGGAGCGGCCGCUGAGCCUGUUCACGCUGAGCGCGGCCGCCGUCAGCCGCAGCAUGGGCGCGCUGGAGCGCGACGUCUGGGCGCUGCCCGGGCACCUCCUGCGCGGGCUCCUGCCGCUGCUCACCGUCUUCCGCCUGGAGCGGGCCGAGGGCGCGGCGCGGAGGGCAGUAAUUGAUAACAGAGGAAACGGCCUCAAGUUGCACCCAGGGAGAUUUGGAUUGGACGUUAAGGACUUCUUCCCUGAGAGGGUUGUUGGACACUGUCCCAGGCUGCCCGGGGAGGGGAGGGAGUCCCCAGCCCUGGAGAUACUGCAAAGCUGUCUAGGCCUCUCGACACAGCCCAUCUGGCGCAAGCUGUGGGACGAUGUGAUGAAAACCAGGCUGCCCUACUCAGAGAAUGUAACCUGCUGGAGGAAGAAGUUCCUGGAGACAUUGUUCUCGAACGUGCUGCACGGUGUGUUGGAUAUCUCCUCUGACUGGCGCCUCAAUGACCGCCACUUCUCGCCGCUGCUGCACACCUCCCCCCACGUCUCCCAGCUCACCCUCUGCAACAUGCUGCAGGGCGCCGUGGAGCUGGCAGCCCAGCACAACCAGAAGGUGCUGGAAAACCUCGCUGUCUCCCUGCGGAUCCUGAAGUUCCAGCACCUCCUCUCCUCCGACCAGUCCGUCAGGCGCUCGCUCGUUUUCCUCCUGCACCGCCUGAUCCACCACGGCUGCGUCAGCCAGGUGACCAUGUACUCCUGGCCCGUUCCUGACGCCGUCCUGCUCGUUCUCAUCCUGAGCAUGAGCGCUGGGUUCUGGCGCCCGGGGAGCGCCCUCGCCUGUCACGGCAGCCCCUGUGGCCUUUGCAGAGAGGAGGAUGAAGCCCAGGGCAGGGAGCCAGCGCAAGAGACGGCAGAGAGGGACUGGAGCGAUGCUGAGAGCCAGAGGGGAUCCGCCGCGGCCCCGGAGGAGGCCGAUGAGGGGCAAGGAGCUGGCGCUCGCCUCGACUCCGUCGUCUCCGGACCGAGCGGUCGUCCUGUGCGGAGCCGGGCGGGGAGCAGCAGGGUGCCCUGCAGCCCCAGGGGCAGGCAGCGCGGGCGUCCUCCCCGCGGCCCAGCGCAGCGGAAGGCGCGCGGGCGGCUGAACCCUGCCGUGGGGACGAAGCGCCGCUGCCUCCGCCGGAGCAGGGGCGCACACGCCGACACCGACAACCUCUACGACUUCGUUUUUGCUGUUGCUAGAGAGGAGAACUCGGGGUUACUAGACAAAAACAGCACCACAGAAGGGGAGGAUGCUCCGAGCUGGACUGGUUCCUCCUCAGGAUCUCCGUGCGUGGGCCACGCCGGCUGUAAGAAGAGAGGGUGCGUGUGCCUGAGAGCUGCCCGCCGCUUCCGCAGCGUGUCCACGCUGGAGUUGUUCUCCAUCCCUCUGACUGCGGAGAUGUGUCGCACCCUGAGUAACCUGCUGAGCUCCUGGGUGUCUUUAGAAAACUUGGUUCUGUCUUACAACGGCCUGGGUGCCAACAUCUCGUGCCUGCUGUGUGGGCUGCGGGCCCUGUCUCGCCAGCCGGGCUGCCGUCUGCACCUGCUGCGCCUCAGCGACGUCUUCUCACCCAUGCCCUGCCUGGAGCUCGUGUGCCGCCUGCUCAGCAGCCUCCCCCAGCUCCGCACGCUCUCCAUCAGCAUCGACCUCAGAUACCAGCUGGAGGGCAGCGGGCCGGAGGGGAACCCAGGCUGCACCGAGGUAGAAAUCCCAGAAUGCUGCCUGGAGCAGCUGGAGAUCCGAUUCCCCAGGGAGCCUCUGUACACCACACUCCUGCUGCCGGUGCUGAGGGCAUCCAAGUCCCUGCAGCAGCUGUCCCUUGACAGUGCCACGCUGCCCUGUUCCCAGGAGCUCGGGCUGCUGUUGGAGGCACUCAGAGAGUGUAAUCCAAAUCUGAAGAAACUGAGCUUUCACGAUGUCAAUCUGGCUGAGCACCAGAAAGAAGUUCUCCUUUUGCUUCAGGAUCCCGUCCUGCAAGAAGUCACCUUUUCCUUCUGCCGGCUGUUUGAGAGCUCUACCACCGAGUUUUUGUCAGAAAUGAUUGACACAGUGAAAAGAAAUUCAUGCCUGAAGAGCCUCAGGCUGCCUGGAAACCGCCUGGGGAAUCACAGGCUGGUUGCCCUUGCAGACAUUUUCUCUGAAGACUCCUCUUCUUCUCUUUGCCAGCUGGAUGUCAGCUCCAAUUGCAUCAAACCUGAUGGGCUCCUGGAGUUCACAAAGAAGCUGGAAGGCCACAUCCAGCAGCGAGGGGGACAGAUUCAGUUCACACACCUCCGCCUCUUCCAGAACUGGCUGGACCAGGAUGCUGAGACAGCUCAGGAAGCGCUGCGGCGUCUCAAAGCCGUGUGCAGUGUGGUCAACGACUCCUGGGAGUCCUCCCAGGCCCUUGCUGACUAUAUCAGUGUCAUGUGAUGGACACAGGAGCAGGAUGAAAAGGGUCAGCUGGAACAGAAGCAGUUCAGUCCCUGCCCGGUCAGGUUUGUUUCACAGGGGAGGUUUUCUUCCCCUGCAUCAAGCAAGGUACAGUUGUUGCUGUCACUUCUGAAGCAGGGGUACCACAGUGAAUUGACACACAAAACCCUGUGUAUUUCUGUAUUUCCAGGUGAUCUAACUCAGACUGUUCCCACUGAGAAGAUGAAGUGGGACAGAUAUUAAAUGUGCUUCUGUGACUUCCUGCAGAUAUCUAGACAAACAGAUCUUUAUUCCCCUGGGGGGUGUUACAAUGUCUGUGUUGUUUCAGCCAAUGUCUCAUCAAUUAAGUCCAUCAUUGGAGAGACUCAAAAGCCACCUGGUUGUGGUCCUUGGCAACCAGCUCUGGGUGACCUUGCUUUUGAGCAGGGCUGGUGGACAAUAGGACCUUGAGGUCCCUUCCAGCUCCAACCCUUCUGUGAUGUGUUAAGUAAGAACUGCUCCCCUCACCUCCAGGGAGUAGAGAAGCAGUGAAGAGCUCCCAGCUUUGACCUUUAUACAAAAACCCAGCAGCUUUCUGUGCACCGUGUAGCCACCUGUUGAUUUGCAAUCCUGUUGCCCCUCUUAAGUGGCUGUAGUCAUUUUGCAGAGGUUUGGAAUAGUUUGUUCUUUUAGAACAUUUUUAUAAUAAAGUAUCCUUAAGACUU